AUGCAGAGAGUAGAAGAGAGAAGUUUUGGCUCGAUACAUUCUGGAAAGUCUGUAGAGACAGUGUCGCUGGGCAAGUUUGUUCCACAGCAUCCUCCAGGUUUGCAGGCUCCGACGACAAGCAUUCCAUCAGACGUGGAUGUGCAAAGACCUUUGGAAUCUAGUGCGGUUAUUCUUGAAGGAAAGGAGUAUUAUCGGGAUGCAUUGGGAACCAUUUGGAAUUUCACAGCCGCUGGUGAGUGGGAGUGGGUUGAUGAGAAUCGAAUUCCAGUUGGAGCGGUGAUCUUUAACAUGGCGGAGUUAGAGGAGGGGAGCUUUGCAAGGGAUCGCGCGCUAGCUGCUCAUGAAGUCGUGGGUGCAUCUACUCCUGGUUUGAUGGUGCCACCAAAGAUCUCUAGCUCGGUGGAGGGGCAGGGGAUCCUGAGUGGCGCGAUACCGUCAGCAGCGAGGGUGGAUGUGCCACACAGGUCCGUCGUCUUCUAUUCCGCAGGUGGCGAGUGGGAUGGGGCAUACCGUGGAGCGUCCAGAGGACCAGGGGGCAAGUCUCCAUGUUGGGGCUUUCAUUUGGACAAGUCUUGCCAGUUUGGGGCCAUUGUGGGGCAGAAUUUGGGGUUGUUGGAUACCUGCGCUUCUCAUGCUAUUCGGACGCUGAGGGCAGGCGAACCUGUCCCAACAGAUUCUGUUGAAGUUGCAUUGGCCACUGGUUGCGCGCACAUGCUUAUCAAUUCGGUGGGAACAUUGGUUACUCGUGAAACUGUUUGCCCUGUAGUUCCUUUUCAUCUUGCUCAUUCGCAUCUUCAUGUGGACUUUGAUGUGAUUGACGGUCGGUGCACGGUUGUACAUCCUCAGAAGGGUGACUUGAAAGCCCAAGUCCUUGAUGGCCGCAUUGUGAUCGAUCGCCAGGUGGCUUUAGACAUGAUUGCGGACUUGGAAACGGCGUUGGGGGAUGCAGCAGCUAGGGGGGGGUCAGGGUCUUCAAUUGACGACCUUCUGCAAGGAACUGCUGCUUCUAAGGCUAUCGCUGGAUCUGAAGAGGACGUGGUAUCUGGUUUUCUCAAUGUUGCUCGGGUGGAUGGGGUCCAUGACCGUACACAAGGUGUGGGUUUGCUUGAUUCUGGGGCUUCGCAUCCUUUGAGAUCCUUGCGUCCGGGGGAGCCGUUACCAACAAAAAGGGUGACUGUGGCUUUGGCUUUGGGCAAGAAGGAAAUGAUGCUCACGGAUGGUGGUACUCUAGUUACAAGCGAGCGGGUGGAUCCUUUGGUUCCGAUUGGCAAGGCUAGCGAAUUGGUUGGUCUUCAGGUUCGUUGGCGCAAAGGAAAGUGUACGGCUACGCAUCCAAUACUGGGCCCUCUGGAAGUUGAGACGGUCAAUGGUUGCCCUUGCAUUGCUGAGGCGGUUGCUCUACGAAUCAUUGAUGAAAUGGAGCAAAAGGGGGUUGCUCACAUGUUGCAGUCUGUACGUGCGCUUCAAGGGUGUCCAUCUGCAGACACGGAACAUUCAGUACGUGAGUGUCUUCAUGGUGCUAUGCGUAGUGGAAAUCAAGAUGACUUUAUUCAGGCAUGCUGGCGUUGGUUGCGUUGGUACUAUCCUGAUGUCCCGGAAUCGAUGCUUGUGGAUCUUCUUCCUGCCUCGGGAGUGGGGGAGUUGCUUUACAAUCGUCACAAAAGACGGCGAUUAAAGAAAACCAGACGCGUCAUCGUUCAUCUGCACUCAGGCGGUCCGCGAUUGCACUUACCAAGUAGUUGUGGCGAAGUUCUAGAAGUGGAUUUUCGUACUGACCUUCAUUCUUCUUCCGUGUGGACGUACAUCCUCUCGCUGGCAAUUGAGGGCAAGGUCGUUGCAGUGGUAGGUGGCCCGCCAUGUGAGACUGUGGCUCAGUUCAGGGGUGUUGAGGACGGUGGACCACCAGUGCUACGAGGGAGGUGUGAUGAGGGGCGUUUCUGGAAGGAUGGGCUCAGCUAUUCAAGUGAGGAACUGGCUAAGAAAGACGGCCUACUGUUUUUGAAGGUGCUAUUCCUGUUUGAGACAGCUGUUCAGGCACGAAAAGCUUUGUCAUUGGAGCAAUCCUCUUCGGUACAUGCUGGUGUGUUUUUCGCAUUGGAGAGUCCGCAAGAUCCAGAAUUGGUGGGGCAAAAGUUUUCUCAGAUUGGUUGUUCAGUUAUGUGCAGGGAAGAUGUUGCAGAAGAAGGUCAACCCAGCCUAGCUUCUCCAACAUUUUUCGCAUGGCCAGAGGUGCGAUCUUUCAGGACUCGGUACAACCUUCUUGCAGCACAUUGUGAUCAGGGUGCUUUGGGUCAUUAUAUGGUCAAGCCAACGACGGUUCUUACUUCCGAUUUUCAGUUGUGGGAGUCUCUAGAGCAGGUUCAUGUGCGCGUCCCAUGGGUGGUGUCAGUACCCGAGGAGGCUAGUCAACGGUUGGCUAUGUCUAGGUCGUGGGCCUUGUGGGCUCCGGGGCUUACAACGCGGAUCAAGCGAUGUUUGCGGGCGUGGUUGGCACACUCAUCUUUCGUGGAGCAUCAAGCUGUUUCUGAGGAGAGGGCGGUACACCUGGCCAAACUCACAGCUGAGGAAUCUGAGUAUCGAGAUCAUUGCUUGAGGGGUCACAUACCUUUCCGUAAAGACUGUGAGGUCUGCGUUCGGGCUGCAGGUAAAGAUCGGCGUCACCUUCGACAAAAGUAUGGCAGCGCUUAUACUCUUUCAUUGGAUUUGGGUGGUCCUUGGCAGGAGGCUAAAGAUCUGUAUCAAACGCAGCGUCAUGUGUUGAUUGGUACGUAUCAGUUUCCUUUGUUGGAUAAACCGGCUACUGAAGAGGGUUUCCCUAUUCCUGACGAUGUGGUGGGAGCGCAUGAAGAAGGUGAUGGUGCGGAUGAUGUGUCUUUAGAGCCUGAAGACGGGGAUAUUGUGACUCCUGACGAGCGUUUGGAGGCUUCGGAGGUUGAGGUCAAAAAGGUUAUCGAGUCAGAAGAGGCUUGGCGUGCUUUGAAGGAUCAUGCCACUAAACCAGUGCGCAUGAUUAACUUCAUGAUUGCCGAACCUCUCAAAAGCAAACACAGAUCGGAAGUUUUAGCCGCUACACAGCGUAUCUUGGUCAAGCUUCAACAUCAAGGUUAUCCAGUCCUGCGGCUUCAUACAGACCGCGGCGGUGAAUUCGUGAAUCAGUCUUUCCGUACAUUCUGUGAGGCUCGACAGAUUUUUCGUACUACCGGGGACCCCGGAUCACCACAGAGUAACGGUCGCAGUGAAGCUACGGUUGGGGUGUUCAAAAAAGGCGUCCGCGCACUGCUAAAGCAGGCCAAUCUGGAUUCAUCGUAUUGGGCACGUGCCGCUGUUCAUUGGUCAGCUCUUCGAUGGAGAUGGGCUGAACAACAGCUGGGAUUGAAGCCUCGUGAUAUUCUUCCAUUUGGUGCUCGGGUUCAUGUGCGUCGAAGGGCUUGGGAACUUCGUGAUCCGAGUGGUUCUAAGAAAGGGCGUCAGUGGUUGGAUCGGACACAGCCGGCUUUACUGUUAGGUCCAUGCACAGAGGUUUCUGGAGGCUACAUCGUUGAAGCUAGGGGCGCUAAAGAUGAUCCUGACAAGCUGGUUAUGUUUCCAACUACGGUGGUCUAUGACAAGGUGGAACAUAAGUCGUCGGUUCCGGAGUGUGAUGCCGAGUUUACUGAGGAACUUCCAGCGCCUCCUAAGCAUCGGAUGCGUUUCAAAGGGGUGGCUCGUACCAUGCGGGUUCCGAGGGAGACGGAUGCUGAGGUCCUUCCAGCGUUGAGGCGUUUCAUACCAGAUGGGUCGCUUCGUUCACUAUGCUGCACGAACCGGGGGGAGGGUCCAGUUGCUUGCGAGGUUUUGCAGGAAGACUUGGAGGUGGAAAUCCCGUCGGGUGACAGUCCGCGUGCGUGCAUUGCAAAACCCUGUUACACUGAUGACAUCGCAAAAAGUGAGGAGUUAGCGCGUGAGUGGUUGGAGCAGAAGAAGUUUUCACCACAAGAGUGUUUGGAACUUUUGGAGUCUGUGGGGUUGGAUUUUCGUGCGAAUCGGAGAGGCGACAUUCACUGCAAUGAGGAUCGCAUUCAAGCUGUGACUCUGGGACAGUAUGUUCGUGGACAUAUGUGCGGCGUGACCAAUGCUGCAAAACAUAGGCCCAUGUUCGUCAAGUACUUGGUGAGCUUUGUUCGCGAACACAAUCCAGAUGUGGUAUUCUCAUCGGUUUAUCUUUCGUGUAACACUGCCGUGGGAGUCCAUAGAGAUCGUCACAACGAUUACUCGUGCAACAAUGUCAUCUGUGCUCUUGGCGAGUUUACGGGUGGAGAAUUGUGGGUGCAAGAUGAUGGUAUCUCUAGGGAGGAUCAAUCUGCAGUGGAGCGGAAGUACGGUGAUCGUAGCCUCGUGGGCAAGACGGUGGACAUUAAGAAUCAGUUCUUUUCAUUUUCACCCCAACAGGCUCAUGGCCCUCAACCGUGGAGCGGCACCAGAUGGACUAUCACAGCAUUCACGCCUCGAGGAAGUGAUCAACUUUGUGAUGUGGAUCGGAGUUUUCUCUUGGACAUCGGCUUUCCAAUGUGCGCAUCUUCUUCGUCGGAUUGUCGUCAAACAGAACAUUUGGUCCAAGAUAAAGUGUUCGUUGAAAACGCGUUCGGUGAUGUCGGGGGGGACGAGAAUUCUGUAUCGGAUGUAGACAUUGGUCAUCUUCGAAGUCAACAUGCUAGCUUAAGAAGGUUGAUUGCGGAUCAAGAGCAGUACUUGAUUGCCGAAGUGUCGUUGCCAGAGGUGUUUGAAGGUAGUGCUACAUCAGAGUGGCUGCAACACUCUCGCGAAAUCGAACGACAGUUGGAGCAGUCUUUGCAGCAUGCAGGUUCGUUGUUAAAGAUGCAACAAGAGACGAUUGCACAGGAGGCUGGGGACAAUGAGGAGUUUCUUCAAACUCGCACAAUUCCUACCGCAACAGCCAUGCAGGAGCUGGAGGAUUGGAGAGAAGCAUUGUCAGAUGAGGUUAACAAUCUCAUCACGGAGCUGCAGGUCGUAGAACGGACUACGGAGCAACACCUUGCGGAGAUGGCGAAGCUUCCUGAUGCACCCGUUCUUGAAUAUGUUCCAAGCUUGGUGGUGUUUACACGUAAACAAGGUUCAGGUCGACGGCGAGCUAGAAUUUGUGCAUGUGGAAACUUCUUAUCAGGAAGCCCAAGUGUUCAACAACAAGGUCCCAAGAUGCUGCGCAGACAAGGGCUAUACGCUCCAGGAUUGGAUUCUACAACCUUCAGGUGUCAAGUGAGGCAAGCCGCGGAGGAAGAGUGGUUUCUAGCUGGUCUAGAUAUAUCCAAGGCUUUUCUGACAGCACCAAUGAGCCAAGUUCAGCGGCAGGGUCGGCUAAUCAUUGUGCAACCGCCUAAAGCAGCGGUGAAGCUUGGACUUGCUUCGCCAUCCGAGCGGUGGGUGGUGCGAAAAGCUUUGUACGGCUUGGCGGAAAGCCCAGCUGCGUGGGUGGAGUGGAGAGACACGAGGCUUUUACAGAUGCGUUGGCAGACGGAUGGUUUGGACAUGAGGUUCAAAAAGUCAGAGGUUGAUCCCAGCUUGUACCUGCUCAUCGCGACGGACUCCGACGGCAAAGAGAGUGUCAAAGGCACUUUGGGACUAUACGUUGACGACUUUUUGUUAGCCGGGAGUAUGUCCAUAAUCACAGAUGCCAUCCAACAGAUUCGCGCUGAAUGGAAAACUUCUGAACCAGAGUUCUGCGGAAGAGGUCAUGACGACAAACCGUUGAAGUUUCUGGGUAUCCAAAUCUUUUGGAAUGAUGGCGCGUACUACUUGAACCAGGAGGACUUUGUCAGGGACCUGUUGCAACGACGGGGGUUUAAAGCAGAUGCAGGCGGCAUUGGUGGUGCUGGGCCAAUGAGCAAGGAGGCGCCGCCUGACGAGCCGGAGGAAGUGUCUGUUGAGGCGCUACGAAAAGCACAGGCAGCCGUAGGAGAGCUGUUAUGGCUGGCAUUGAAGUCCAGAGCAGAUCUGGCUUUUUGCACAAGCCAGCUUUCUGUGUGGUGUACUCGCUAUCCGCGUUUUGUUGCAAGAAAGGCAGAUGAAGUGUUUCAUUACUUGAGUAGGACGGUCACACUGGGCUUAAAAUAUUCGAAGGUGGAUCCUAUGUCUUUGGGUGGUGAUUCACAGCUUCGUUUCAAAAGGAGUGUCACAGUCUUGGAAGCUUAUACAGACGCAUCGUUUGCUGCGGGAUGUGAAGGUGAAGAAACGGCGAGAUCACACAGUGGAGCUGUGGUCGUAUGGGCCGACAGCCCAGUCAUGUGGAUGACGCAGCGCCAAACCACGAUAGCACUGAGCACAGCGGAAGCUGAGCUCAACGCUGCCCUGGAAGGAACAACUAUGCUACAAUCUGUCGCGCCUAUCGUUUCUAUGCUUUUGGGGAUCAAUGAAGAUGGCCUUUCCAAAGCGCUAUACAUUGAUUCCGUUUCCGCAUGCUCGAUCAUUUCAGUUGUCGCUGGUGCAUGGCGAACACGUCACUUGCGAAUCCGAGCAGCCGGUUUGCGGUCUUUGCUAAACAGUGGGUACCUGGUGGUGGCACACUUGAAAGGUGAGCACAUGCUAGCUGAUAUGCUGACCAAGUUGAUGAACGGAGCAAUCUUUGUCAACCUCAAGCAGAUGUGGCAGAUGACGACUGCUCCUACCACACAUUUGGUUUCUGAUGCAGCACGUGCAGCGGCCGCCGCCGUGGCCAUCCUCGUGGCUACUAUGUUGCAAGGCUACGAACUGGUGCAAGCAACUUCUUCGACUUCUUCGAUGACUACGUCUUCAACAACGCGAUGGUUUGAUCGAGCGGAUAUCGGAUUUCUUCUGGUAUUGGUUUUCGUCAUGGUCGCAGUCCACAAGGUCGUUUCGGCGGUGUUUCGAAGUGGCAUGAUCCGCAGUUGGUGGUGA